CUACAGCACUAGUCUGGCUGGAUGUCUGACUCAGCCACGCAGGUUAUUUGGGAAUAUAUUUUAAACGCACGUUUUAAUUAAACAGACCUUGUGAUGCUCGCUCGUUCCUCUUGCGUUGGACUACGUGCAUCUUGUGUUUUGUGCGGCUCGGGGAAGUGCGACGGGAGGUUUUAAGGUCUUUACCAAGAGGAUGAACAAGGCUCUUGCUCGGGCAUUUGAUAAAUAGACUGGCAAUGUCUAUGUUAAUGUCUUUCUGACCACACCUGCUAAUGGACUGAGAGGUUACUUCAGUAAAUGUUUCAUUUCUAUAUGUGGACUAGUGCCAACGCUGCAGAAAAGACCAUCGUCCCUAUUCCAGGUCACUGUGUCCCCAAAUUUGUGCUACCACUGUCCUACACCCUCUCCCGUCUGUUCAUCCCUCGAUUUAUGGGGCUGUUUUUGCUUUCUCAGACCCUGUUUUGUAUCUUGCCACAGACUGCUAGAAUUCGUUUUAAAUAAAUUUGUACUUUUUAUAUGUGGACCAAAUCUACAACUGCGCAAUAACGGCCUCUGCCCAACGUACGGUACUAUUGGGAGUUUUAACCCUCGCAAGAAACCCAGCUCUCAGGAUUUAACCCAAGGACUUUCCGAUUGAGUUAGCGCUCAGGAUUUAAACCAAGAACUUACAUCCAGGUCAGUUUUAAAUAAGCAUCAAAGUUCGCAGAGCUCAUGUAAAGAACAAAUCAUGAGCUCUGACAGUUUCCAGUACCGUGCACUGUUUGAGUACAAGCAGGAGAGGGGUGACGAUAUCUCCCUGCAGCCUGGAGAUCUCCUCACGGUCAGUAAGAUGGCACUGCUGGCAUCCGAUUACCAGGAGGGUGACGAGAAGUGCCCAAAAGGCUGGCUGCAUGGCACCAAUGAAUGCACAAAGGAGAAGGGCAACUUCCCCGGCACCUUUGUGGAGUAUGUUGGGGUCGUGAGGACGGGCCUUACUUCAGGGAAGCCCUGGCCGAGACCUGUACCACCAACACCUGUAGGGCCCCAGCCCCCAGGGGCCACUGCUUCAGAGGGCCCCUGUGGAAAGGGAGAUGUUGUAGAGCAGUGCGCUCUGCCUGACCAGACCCCAGCCGUGGUGCUCAGGCUGACGGAGGCUAUAGAGAGAAUGGACUGGGAGAAUGAAAUACUGUAUCGGUCUGGCCAGACCUCCACCGGAUCCCCGGAAUUAUUGCAGGCUUUGGAAACAGAUCCAGCAGCAGUGGACUUUGAGCAAUAUGAAUUGUCCACAUUGGCUGAUACACUUAAGAGUUACAUUCAGGACUUGCCCUGCAUGCUCAUCCCAGCCAUAGUGUACAGUGAGCUGGUCUACACUGCUCAGGAAACCCAAGGCAUGGAGGAGUGUGGACAGCAGCUGAAAAGAAUCCUUGAUUCUCCCAGUGUCCCUCAGGCUAACCACCAGCUCCUGGUUCAUCUGACCCGACACCUAAGUAAGGUGGCCCUAAGUGGGGGAGCAGCUCAGGCAAGCCCCAGGCUUCUGGCUCUGGCCUACAGCGAGGCCAUCUUCAAAAACAACCACUUCAGUGCGGAUGUAAACCCAGAACAUCAUGUGAAGAUUCUUGAGGCACUUAUCAUGGUUGGAGGCCUAGUGGAGAUACAAGCUGCUCCAGCUCUUCCUCCCAAGCCAACAAAACCCAUGACACCAGUAAACGGCAACGGUGUGAAAGAAGCCGCCAGCGGCUCAUUGCAAGAAGCAGAAUGGUACUGGGGAGACAUAUCAAGGGAAGAGGUGAACGACAAACUGAGAGACAUGCCAGAUGGUACUUUCCUAGUACGGGACGCCUCGACCAAGAUGCAGGGAGAUUACACACUAACGCUAAGGAAAGGUGGAAACAAUAAGCUAAUAAAGAUCUACCACCGUGAUGGGAAGUACGGUUUCUCAGACCCGCUCACGUUCAGCUCGGUGGUGGAGCUCAUCAGUCAUUACAGGCACGAGUCCCUGGCCCAGUACAACACCAAACUGGACGUAAAGCUCAUGUAUCCCGUCUCUCGCUACCAGCAGGAUCAGCUGGUGAAAGAGGACAACAUUGAUGCAGUGGGGAGGAAACUCCAGGAAUAUCACAAUCAAUAUCAGGAGAAGAGUAAAGAAUAUGACAGACUCUACGAGGAGCACACAAAAACCUCACAGGAGAUCCAGAUGAAACGUACUGCAAUAGAGGCCUUCAAUGAGACGAUUAAAAUUUUUGAAGAACAGUGUCACACGCAGGAACGCUACAGUAAAGAAUACAUAGAGAGAUUCCGCAGAGAGGGCAAUGACAAAGAGAUUGAAAGGAUCAUGAUGAACUACGAGAAGCUGAAAUCCCGACUUGGUGAGAUUCACGACAGUAAGACCCGGCUUGAACAGGACCUGAAAACACAGGCUCUGGACAACAGGGAGACGGACAAGAAAAUGAACAGCUUGAAGCCAGAUCUCAUUCAGCUCAGAAAAAUCAGAGAUCAGUACCUUGUCUGGCUCAAUCAUAAAGGCGUUCGACAGAAACGAAUAAACGAUUGGCUGGGACAAAACGAGAACACGGAUGACGCCUACUUCGUCAGUGAGGAGGAUGAGAAUCUGCCACACUACGAUGAGAAGAGCUGGUUUGUGGGGGACCUAAACCGAACGCAGGCAGAGGACUUGCUACACGGCAAACCUGAUGGAGCCUUUCUUAUUCGCGAGAGCAGCAAGAAGGGCUGUUACGCCUGCUCUGUUGUUGUGGACGGCGAGGUGAAGCACUGCGUCAUCUACAGCACACCCCGCGGCUACGGUUUCGCCGAGCCCUACAACUUGUACAGCACUCUGAAAGACUUGGUCCUGCACUACCACCAGACCUCACUGGUCCAGCACAACGACUCGCUCAACGUGCGGCUGGCGUACCCAGUGUAUGCACAGAUGCCCUCAGGCCCUCGGAGAUGAAGACUCGCCCCCCAAAAUUAAAAAAAAAACUACACUCAUGGGAGGGAGGAACAGUUUCUGAACAAAAAAAAAACAUACCAACAACAACAACAACAA